CGCACCCCUCGUCUUUCCUGUACGUCUUGUUGAACGUUGAACCUUGUCUUCAGUGCAGAGAGCGCCCCUGUCCGACCCGAGCCUGACGCAGGUCCGUCUCUCACCUGUUCAGGCCUGCGCUGCCUCAUUUUGACAUGAUGGAGUACCCCGUUUUCUUCGAGUGUCCCGGCUUGAAUGAAGAGCAAAAGAAGAGGAUAGAAAAAUAUUUCCACAUUCAGCGCAAAUCAGGAGGAGGAGACUGCGGCUCACUCACAGAAACACACGAUAAAGUUUACAGGAUUGCAUUCAAAGACCGAGACGCUCAGCAAAGAGUCCUGCAGAGAUCUGAACAUGUGGUGGAGCUUGCAGGUAGUCCUCUGGUGCUGACCGUGCGAGACAGCCCAGAACCUACAAGCAAAUCAAUUAGUCCAAAGGUGGACUUGACUUCAUCACAGGGACAGCAGUCCACUCUUGCUUCAAGCCCACUGACUAGUGGUGAAGACUAUGAACUACAACUUGAUCCUUACCUCCUUCGUUACUUCAAGGAAUGUCCCAAGGCUGAGGAAGAACUAGAGAAAGGACUCACCUCUUUGGCCUGCUCUGCCAAGAUUAACCAAGAGGAGGGGAGGAUUUUAGUCAGGAGUUUAGCUCAAACUGGUGCUGUCGAUGAAGUUAGAAAUUGGAAAGCCGAGGUAGACAAACUUUUUGAAGGCUACCAGUGCCACUAUGAGGUGGAUCCUCACAAAGUUAAAGCUGUGCUUCAGUCCUGCAGCUCUUCUCAGACCGCAGAUGAGGUGAAGGUGUACAGCGAGGUUGGCAUGGCUGUUGUUGUUGGGAAAUGUUCUCAGGUGACGGCCAGGGUGAUGGAUAUAAUGGGCUUGCAUGAGAGUAUGAAACGAGGGUCACGUUUAAGUCAGAAGCAAACCAGAACUCGUAGACUAGGCGAAGCCAAGCUCCGUCUUCUCUGGGAAGAGAUUGAGCACAGUUUGGGACGAGAUUUUCCAGGAGUGAAGGUCACGCAGAGAGAUGCAGGUCAGUUAGCUUUGGAAGGUCCUGUGGAGGACAUUCUAAAGGCUGGAGAUUGGAUCUCGCAUAAGGAGAAUUUGGUAUUUGAAAGGAAAGUAUCGGACAUGAGCCCACAUUUUCUGGCCUUCCUAAGGAAGGCUUACGGAGAUCCAGCAGUGCUGAGUAACUUUUUAGCCGUUGGUGAAAAGGUGGAGGUAGAGUUACGAGACACAGAGUUACGUUUCUUCAGCCUCUCUGCUGAUAAAUUGGAUGACGCAGAAAAAAAAAUGAAACAAAAAUUCAAGGAGGUCAAGAUUGAUGUUCCUAACUGCUUUGUUGUGCCACAGGAGCUUCAAGAAAAGCUCAAGUUCAAGACAAAUGAGAUGAACCAAGGGCAGUAUAGGGCUCAGGUUGUGUUUGGCUCAGACAGCGUGGUGUGCUUGCUGGGCCACACCAAAGAAGUUGAAGAACUGAGUGAAGCUGUCACACAGUUUAUUUUGGAUCAGUCAUGCGUAGAAGGCAAAGUCAAUCUUCCUUUCCCAGAGUUAGUACAACUCUUACCAGAACUUAUGCAGCUACAUAAGUUUGACUGUUCAGGGGUUACCUUCCAUCCUUUAACAUCUUCCUCUGGCCCCAUGGUGUUGCUACAAGGUCCAUCUAGUGAUGUGACUGCAGUCAGGAACAGGCUGGGUCCAUUUCUGGACUCUCUUGUUAAGGACAGAAUCACCAUUGACCAGCCCGGGGCGGUAAGGUACUUCGUAAGUCCCUCUGGAAGAGAGAACAUUUUACGUGUUGCUCAGUCUCAAAGGUGUCUCAUAUGGCUUCAAGAACAACCUCAUGCUACUAGUCAGAAUUUGGCAUCUGGUGAAAGAUUGGGCGGAGGAGUGAUAACAGUUGCUAACUACAGCCUUCGUGGUGGGCUCCAGGUGUUUGUGUCUCAGGGUGACAUUACCAAACAAGAUGCAGAUGCCCUGGUCAAUGCUGCCAAUGAGGAUCUGAUGCAUGGUGGAGGUGUUGCUGCUGCACUGAGUAAAGCAGGUGGUCCUGACGUACAGAAGGAGAGCAAUGCUAUAGUAAGGCAAACUGGAAAAGUCCCUGUAGGUGAAGUGGUAGUGACCUCAGGGGGAAACUUAAACUGUAAGAAACUGCUGCAUGCUGUUGGGCCUGUAGGUGGAAAAUCAGGCGGUAAAGAAAGAAUGUUACUGGAAAAAACUGUCCGGUCUGCUCUGGAUUUAGCAGAAAACAUGGAGCUCAAAUCCAUUGCCAUUCCUUGUAUCAGCUCAGGUGUGUUUGGUGUUCCUGUCACUGUAUGUUCUGAGGCUAUUGUAACUGCUGUUAAGGAGUUUGCCAGUCAGGGAGGGCGAAGUCUGAGCAGAAUCAUCCUGAUUGAUAACAGAGGAGAGGUGGUACGGGCCAUGCAGGAAGCAUGUGAUCGGCUUCUCCAAGGGAUCGCUACAGGAAACUUUCCAACUGAUUUGGGCUUCCAGGCAGAGGCUCCUGCCCAAGACACUGAAAGAGGAGCCUCUGCUGGGGCUCCUAGAGAUGGUGUCCAUGUAGAGAUCAUUCAGGGAACUCUUGAGACCCAGCAGGUGGACGGCCUGGCAUCUCCUAUGGUUGGCCAUGAUCCUCUUUCUACCCGUGUUGGAAACGCUUUGUCCAGUGUGGUUGGACCUCAGCUGACUGCAAAGUUUCAUCACGAAGCAGGAGGAGCAACCCUACCUGGUGACAUCGUCCUGGUGGACGGUUUACCUACGUUACAGUCUAAUGGAGUGUUCUUCCUCAACCUCGUUCCCUGGGAUAACAACCAACAGGGAACUGCAGUCCAGGUUCUGAGACAGGGUAUCAAAAAAAUGCUGGCUUCCUGUGCUAUCAGAGGCUUUAGAUCAGUUGCCCUACCUGUGCUUGGGACCGGUUCUGUCCUCCGUUUUCCUCACAGCGUGGUAUCGAAGGUUAUACUAGAGGAGGUCCGUGCAUUUGAACAGAACCGAGCUGGCAGAUCUUUUCUGGUCCGUAUUGUCGUCCACCCCAAUGACAAAGACUCUAGCAAGGCUUUCCAGUCCGCCCAGGGAACUUUGCAUCUCAGAGGAUUCACAAACGAUGCUAACCCAGACCAAGCUUCAUUUUACCGCCAUGUCUCGUUAACUAACGAUGAGGUCACAGCCAUGCUGGGUGAAGUCAAGCUUCAGCUGGUCUUUGAUAACAUCAUUAAUGAGACCACUGAUGCUAUCAUCAACACAACUGACUUCUCAAGCAACCCAUCUGGUGUGUCCAAAGCUAUUUUGACUGCAGCUGGGGCUACUGUGCAAGCAGAGUUAGCACAAGUGGGAACUCCAGCAGACCACAUGUGCACCACAGGACCGGGGCUGCUUGGCUGCAGGGAAAUCAUUCACGCCAGUUUCAUGCGUGAUCCUCAGGUGAUACGGAAAAAAUGCAAACAGAUACUGAAGCAGUGUGAGAGCAAAGGCUAUCGCUCAGCGGCCUUUCCAGCUAUCAAUACUGGUGCAGCUGGUAUGGACUCGGUCAAAGCUUGUAAAGCCAUGCUGGACGGCAUGACCUCAGCUAUUACGGACUUGAAACCAAAGUCCCUCUUACUCAUCCGCAUUGUUAUUCUGCAACAACCGGUCUUCCAGGCAUUCAGAUCGGAGCUGGAGAACCGCUUUGGACUAACAGCCAGUCGCCACCUCAGCCUGAGAGAAAGAGCUAAACAGAUUCUUAAGAAGUGUCAAGACAAGUGUUCAAGGACCUCCACAACUUCAGCACCUCGCCGCAAUACCUUCAUCUCCUUAAAGCCACUGCCAGCUGUGAUAAGUGUGAUUGGCUGUAGUCGUGACACCAACGCAACCAUCAAGAGAGAUUUGGAGGGGAUACUCCAGAAGCAGCUAGUAGAGAGGGAGGUGGAUGUGCUUAGUUUUUCUAGGCUUGAUGCCAUGGAGCUGGAUGCAGUGCAGGCGAAAGUCAAACUCUUAGAGAUAAGCAUGGAGUACAGAGGACGUCAAAGUUCUGUUGGUACAAACGACAGCAGAGCAGGAAACACAGCUAGAGGUCAGUCAGGGUCAGGAGGAGAUGUGUAUGUGCUCAAUGGCCUAAAAGAGGAUGUUUUGAGUGUCACUGAGCUUGUAAGCAAAGCAGUCCAAAAAGCACUUUGUGAAGAUAUUCAAGAUAAAGAAGAAGCAAUGUUGGCUCUCAAUGUGCAGUGGUCAAUUCAGGAUGUAAAUAAAGACUGGCAUGAGCUGACCCUGCAUGACAACUUUUUGCUGGAGGGGGCUCACAUAAACAACCAAGUGUCUGUAGACAUUACAGCACCAGACUGCACGGCGGUCAAAGUAAAUCUGAGGACACAAGACGCCACAAAUUGGCUCACAGGCGUCACGUACAAAGUAAAAAGGCACGAGUCUGAAAUAGAUUUGCCAAAACAAUGGGAACCUAUGCACGAAGAAUUCUUCAAAAAGGUCGAGCUGCAACCCAAAACACCGGAGUACGAGCUGGUCGCCCAGGGUUUCCUCAAAACAGCUAAGUACAACAUUCGCAAAAUCGAGCGUGUGCAAAACCUCUUCCUGUGGCAAGCCUAUGCCGUGUGUAAGCAGCGUAUAUAUGCCAAGAAUGGCCCGGCAGAGGUCGGGGAGAUGACCCUCUACCAUGGCACAUCAGCAGAGUCAUGCAACUGUAUUGAAAAGGAUAGAUUUGACAGAAGCUACGCAGGAACACAUGCUGCUGCUUUCGGGAAGGGAGUUUACUUCGCAGUCAAUGCAGCAUAUUCGGCCAGUAGAUUCUCCCCAGCAGACGCAUCAGGCCUGAAGCGGGUCUAUGUUGCUUGUGUCCUGACCGGCCGUUACACGGUCGGUCAAAGUCACUUUAAAGCUCCCCCUCCUCGAGGCUCAGACCCCACUGACUGCUUCGACAGUGUGGUAGACAACCAGCAGACGCCCUCCAUGUUCGUGGUCUUCCACGAUGACCAGGCCUACCCAAAAUACCUCAUCACCUUCAGCUAAGGAAAAAUUUAAUUUCUUGUACUACUUAAAAUCAAGAAGGGGCUUCGACACCCUUGUAAAGGUUUGGUUAUCUCUAGUGGGGUUUGGGACCUGUGCCUUAAAUUUCUCCUUUCACUUGAUGUUCCUUUCUCAUCAACAUUUUAUUGUGUAACAAAAACAGAUAUCUUCUCAAAUGAACAAACACAGCACUGAAACUGAACUGUGUUAUAGCAUUCACAGCGAUUCUGUACCACAGACAUACUCCUUGAAACCUUUUUUUUCUGACUCACCUCAGCCUUGUGACAUAAAACCUGAAAUUAUAUUGCAAAAUGUUAUGUUAUGUUAUGUAGGAGCCACUCGUGUGUUUAGUUCUGGGUUUAUAGGCGAAGGGAUCACAUGAUUCGUACGAUACAGGACUGAUUGAUUUUAAUCUUUGAUGUCAUUCACCAAGGCCAUGACAUAUUUUUGGUUAUUUAUGCACUUAACUUGGUGGAAAUGGUUACAGAUUCUUUAUGAUAUAAAGUAUUACAUAUACAGCGGACAACAUAACUGAAUCAUUCAUGAUUUAUUAAAUUUGGGAAGUGCAGUUGUCAUGCUACUCUUCCCUAAGUGAACUUAUUGCCAUAGAAAUCUUCUUUAAAUGAGUUUUAUUAGAAAAACAUGAAGAAUUUCUUUUAAUAUGUGAACAUUUUGCAACAAAGGUAAUUCAAAGUGAAGAAGUCUUUUAUUCGAUUGGUCCAAGAAAUUAGUGAAGCAGAAGAUGGAGUGUCUGUGUUUUCGGGAAAGUGCCAUUAAUUUACAUAAUAACAAUUUACAUAAGAGUCAUGAAUGUUAACAGAGCAAACAAUGAUGUAAUAAAAUGAUGAUUUGUAAAUGAAAA